CAACAUGGUCCCUGCUGUAGAAACUCCCUUGGUUACUCUCACGCGGCCCCGGCACUCCACAAUGGCGAUUGACAACCGCGUCACCGUCGACCUGAUCCACGACAUCAACCAGUGCCUCACCAUUAUCGAAGCCGAGCUCUCCGCUGCUCCUGAGUCCAAGCUCGGCGGUGCGGUGGUUGUGACCGGCCACGGGAAACAGCUGGAGGACCACUCGCUUAACAUCCGCGCCAAGUUCCACAAGUUGCUCGCGCGCUUUUUGCUGUUCCGUACGCCUGUCAUUGGAGCUCUGAACGGACACACAGUGAUGCGCAAGGACCGUGGGUUCAUCUGUCUGAAUGAAGUCGACAUUAGGCGUCCGCUGCUGCCAGGCAUGGCUGCAGUUAAGGCGCUACGCGACAGCGUCCUGGGCGGCAAGCGCUUCUCGGCCGAGGAGGCCAUGGCCGCCGAGUUUGUCGACGAGGCAGUUGAUGGGGACAAGGUCGUCGAGGUUGCCCUCGACUUGGCUGAAAAGUACGCCCCUAAGACCUACCGCGACAACUACCAUCUGUUGAAGGCCGAGCUCUACCGCGAUGCUCUCCCCCACCUGCUCUCCCAGCCUCUCCAGACAGCCGGUCAGUAUCUGGCAAAGCUGUGAGGCAUAUGUAUUCUAAUAUACAAGAAUCUACUCUACAUACUUUUUGUAUGCGAGCUUCAGCUCUUCAUCGUCAGGCUUGACCUCGAGGAAUCCAGGGUGGGUCGAAACCGCCUUGAACCACCUGUGGAAUCCCUGCAUACUCGUCAGUCUCGGGCAC